AUGACUGAAAGAUUUUUCGUGAAGUACGUUACAGAUACAAGUCUUUUUCAAACCAAGACUUCCAGUUGCUUGGGAGUCGCUCCAGUGGGACCACGAGUUAAACCAGAAGAAUUCUACGAAUCAGCUGGAAAGAGAAUGAAGAACGAACGUUUCAUCCAUCAAAAUUCUCAGAAAUUAAGAGGAAAGGAGACGGAUAGGAAGGCAGAAGAAAUACUAACUCCUUAACAUUAGAGACUGGCAUGAGCCACUUG